AUGGGCCUCCGCGACAUGCUCAGGAAAAAGGACGGCACGGACGGCACGGACAACGUGACGGCCGCCGAGGGGCAGCCGGCGGCCCGCAAGCUGGGCGGCACCGACAUCACCUUUGUGCGGACGGCCACCUCGUCGCAGGAGAGGGUGUGUCCCCCGCCGGCCGAGGCCAACGAGGACUUGCUGUCGCCCAAGGCGUCGGUCCGCUCUCCGCGCCGGAGCCUCGACGUGUUCUGGUCCAACCGCCCCCGGAGCGAGUCCGCCUCGUCCCAGGCCAGCCACUCGUCGCGACGGAGACUCUCGGAGCGCCUGCACCUGAGCCGCUCGCCCGAGUCGUCGGACCACGUCCCAGUGAACCUGCCGGACAUUACGCAGUCCAACGACCCGGACGACCAGUCGCAGUGGGAGAGGCGCGCCACCCUGCUGGCCAAGCAGCCCAUCGUGCCGGGGGUCCCGGGAGCCCUCCCGUCUCUGUCGACAAACAUCCCGCAGUUGGGUGUGGGCCAUCGCGACAGGAGCGCCGGCCCGUCGCCUGUGUCGUCCAAGACUAUAGACCAGGAUAUCCAGGAAGCCAUUCGGCUGCACGAAGAGGGCGACCUGGAGCGAUCGACGAGCAUGUUUGGUCAGUUGGCUGAUCCCCAGGGGGCGAAUAAUCCCCUCAGCCAGGUCUUGUAUGGCCUUGCGUUGAGGCACGGCUGGGGCUGCGAAGCAAACCUGGCCAGAGCAGUCAAAUAUCUCACCGCUGCCGCGUCCAGCUCGGCCGCCGUCGAGCAGUUGGCCCUUGAAGCCGGGAUGAAGAAAGGAGGCGCGGCCAAGGGCGAGCUCGUCAUGGCUAUUUUCGAGCUCGCCAACUGUUUUCGUCACGGCUGGGGCCUGGGACGAGACCCGUUUGCAGCAAAGCAGUAUUACGAAACAGCGGCAAACCUUGGAGAUAGUGACGCUAUGAACGAAGUUGCCUGGUGUUAUCUGGAAGGAUUUGGGUGUAAAAAAGACAAGCACGCUGCGGCGCAGUAUUAUCGACUGGCCGAGAGAUCCGGCAGCAAAACGCUAGGGAAUACUUGGAUAUGGAAGGAGAAGUACGACCCUCACGAGCAGGGGAAGAAGUGA